UUUGAGUGUAAUGACGGAAAAGCUGUCUUUAGUUUUACAAAGUGCAAUAGUCUUGUGAACUAAUUAAAAACUUGUGUUAUUUUUGUGUUUUUUGCUUUAAAUUCCCAAGUUUUGCAUGCAAAAGAAAUAUCAAAUUUCGAUCAAGAUUUGCAAAUUGAUAAAAAUUCAAAAAGAAAUGUAAUUAGUGAAGAAAGUGAAAAAGGUGAAAAAUCUCCUUGGUUUUUAAAUGUACCUUUAUUGCCAGUUAUAGUUGCAACUUCGAAUUCAAUUCCUGAAGGUUCUUGUAAAAAGCAACUACAACUGUAUCUCAAGCAUUUAAAAAAUGGUACUUUAUGGGCAACUGAAAUGUUUGAUGCAUCUUCAAAAUAUCCCUAUGGCGUGUUCAAUGGUUUCACACGGCAUUUGGGAAGCUAUGACCAGUGCGAACGAAUUCAAACUAAAAUAAUAGAUGAAAAAGAUGGAAAAAUUGAGGAGAUUCACAGUAGAUAUUGUCUGGUGGAUGUGAAGUUUAAAGAAAAAAAUGAACCAACGAAUUUCACUGGUGAAUACGAAAUAUUUUUCGAUCCGCAGGAUUCUGCUUGGGAAGCAAUUCGGGAAAAGGGCGAUUUUCGACGAUGGCAAAGGUACUUUUUGCAAAUGGCAUUAUGUUUCCCUGCGGAAUGUCAACCAGAAGAUAUUGUGGUGGCACUUAAAGAUCCCUUAGAUGAAUUUGGCAAAAAUUAUAAUAUUAAAGUCAAAGCAUCAAUUUUACCUAUGUACUGUUCUAAAGAACUUCCACUAUUUUCUAUUUAUGAUUUAAUUUUCUGUUUUAUUUUUCUAUCACUGGUAAGUAUGGUCAUAAUCGCCACUUGGAUGGACGUAAAUUCAGACCAAAACAAAGAGACCUCUCUGCUUCUCUGCUUUUCUGCCCGUAGAAAUUUUAACGAGAUUUUCAGGGUGAAUUAUCAACAUAAAGGAUUUGAUUCUAUCCACUUUUUUCGAGUUGUUUUGUUAGCAAUUGUAAUUCUUGGUCAUAGACAGUUUCAAUACAUUUAUGCGGGAACUAUUUCAGGACUAUAUAUUGAAUGGCUUUUAUCUAAAACUAUUUUCGGCCUACUGCACAAUGCUUCUUUGAUUAUGGAUGGAUUUUUCGGAUUAGCAGGAAUUUUACUGUCCUUCUCUUUACUGGUUUAUUGGAAUGAAGAAAAAAAUUUUAAUUUCUUUUUUCUGUUAUUAAAACGAAUACUGAGAUUAUGGCCAGUCCUUGCGUUUAUGGCUCUUGGAUAUGCGACGAUUUUUUACAGAUUAGGUUCUGGACCAUUUUGGGAAUCAAUUAUGGGAUAUUAUAGAAAUUCUUGUUCUUCUUAUUGGUGGACAAGUUUACUUUUUAUCAAUAAUUAUUUUGGCGGCAAUAAUAAGUGUGUGGUGCAGUCCUGGUAUUUAGCGAUCGAUUUCCAGUGUUACAUAAUUGGAUUAUUAUUAAUUAGAGCAUUUCAUAAAAUGCCACGAAAAAUUGGUUACAUAUUUAUUAAUUGUGCUUUAAUUUUUUCAAUUGUCAUAACGUUUUACUUUACAUACAAAAAUGAUUCAGAUCCAAUUUUUAAAAAACUGUCUGCUCAAAGAAGAAUAGAAGAUAGUGAUUAUUUUUUGAAUUACUAUGAUAAAACACAUUUCCGUUCGUCAGCUUAUAUUAUUGGAUUAAUAUUCGGAGUUUUUAUGUAUGAUUACAAAAAAGCGAAUUGGAAACUUUCAGAGGCAUGGUCAAGAAUUAUAUUUGUUAUUUCAAUCAUCGUUAUGUUAACUGCAAUAUGGAGUGGAACAUACUUCAUGAAUCCAAAUUGGAAAACAACAGCUUUGGAGAAAGCUUUAUACGCAAGCCUGCACAGACCAAUUUUUUCUUUCUGUUUCUGUACUAUCCCUCUAUUAUUGACAAUAGGAGAAGGAUUAGAUACUGUGUACAAUAUUUUAUCAGCAAGAUGGUUACAGCCUCUUUCUCGAAUCAAUUAUUCAAUUUGUUUAGGUCACUUCUUAAUGUACCAUUAUGAAUUUGGGACAACAAAAACUACGUUUACUUUUUCAUUUUACAAUGUAUUAAAAUAUUUCGUAGCGGAUUGGACUUGCGCAAUAGCCAUCGGACUAUUCUACGCAUUCAUACUAGAGUUUCCAGUAAAAAAUUGUAUAAAUAUUUUGUUCGAGACGUACACAAAUUGUCAGAAACGAAUACUUGAAAAAAGUAAAAGUGGUGAAAAAUCUUCUUGGUUUUUGAAUGUUCCUUUGUUGCCAAUAAUAGUGGCAACUUCGAAUUCAAUUCCCGAAGGUUCUUGUAAAAAACAACUACUGUUGUAUCUCAAGCAUUUAAAAAAUGGUACUUUAUGGGCCACUGAAAUGUUUGAUGCAUCUUCAAAAUAUCCCUAUGGUGUGUUCAAUGGUUUCACACGGCAUUUGGGAAGUUAUGACCAGUGCGAACGAAUUCAAACUAAAAUAACAGAUGAAAAAGAUGGAAAAAUUGAGGAAAUUCACAGUAGAUAUUGUCUGGUGGAUGAAAAGGGCGAUUUUCGACGAUGGCAAAGGUACUUUUUGCAAAUGGCAUUAUGUUUCCCUUCGGAAUGUCAACCAGAAGAUAUUGUGAUGGCACUUAAAGAACCUUUAGACGAAUUUGGCAAAAAUUAUAAUAUUAAAGUCCAAGCAUCAAUUUUGCCUAUGUACUGUUCUCUAACUUCUAAAGAAGUUCCAGAAUUUUCGACCUAUGAUAUGCUUUUCUGGGUGAAUUAUCAACAUAAAGGAUUUGAUUCUAUCCACUUUUUUCGAGUUCUUUUAUCAGCAAUUACAAUUCUUGGCCACAGACAAUUUCAAUAUAUUUAUACUGGGACUAUUUCAGCAUUAUAUUUUGAAUGGGCUGGAAGUCAAAAAGCUUUCGGAAUUCUGCAAAAUGCGGCUUUGAUUAUAGAUGGAUUCUUUGGAUUAGGAGGACUUUUACUGUCCUUCUCCUUAUUAAGUUAUUGGAAUGAGAGUAAAAAUUUUAAUUUCUUCAUUCUGGUAUUCAAACGAAUAGUAAGAUUGUUGCCACUCUAUAUGUUUGUAACACUCGGGUAUGCGACGAUUUUUUACAGAUUAGGUUCUGGACCAUUUUGGGAAUCAAUUAUGGGAUUCACUAGAAAUUCCUGUUCUUCUUAUUGGUGGACAAAUUUAUUUUUUAUCAAUAAUUAUUUUGGCGGAAAUAAUAAGUGCGUUAUUCAGUCUUGGUAUUUAGCGAUUGAUGUCCAAUGUUACAUAAUUGGAUUAUUAUUAAUAAGAGCAUUUUAUAAAAUGCCACGAAAAAUUGGUUACAUAUUUAUUAAUUGUGCUCUAAUCUGUUCAAUUGUGAUAACUUUUUACUUUACAUACAAAAAUGAUUCGGAUCCAAUUUUUAAAUCAAUUUCAGCUCAAAGAAGAAUAGAAGAUAGUGAUUAUUUUAUCAAUUAUUACGUUAAAACUCAUGUACGUUCGUCAACUUAUAUUAUUGGAUUAAUUUUCGGAAUUCUCAUGUAUGAUUAUAAAAAAGUUAACUGGCGACUUUCGGAGGUAAAAUAA